AAAAUUUUCUGAAAUUUCGAAAUAAAGAAGGAAACCCCGAUGGAAAAAGAUUGAGCUGUUAUUCUUUUUCAUUUCUUUUUGGUUCCAAACAUGCCUCGGUUAAAGGCUUUUAGAAGUUUAUUGCUUACCCUAUCGUUAUCCGCCCGGAUAUAUGGUUAUCCCAUCGUUUCCACCCUAGUGGAAGAGCCAGCGAUACGAUACGGCUCGGCCGAAUUCUACGAAAAGCUCGUCAUAAUCUUUGCUUUGGUGGUUAUCGGCGGUGUCUUUGCAGGUCUUACGCUGGGCCUUAUGGGCCUCGAUGAAACCAAUUUGCAUGUGCUCAUCGAAACAGGCACCCCGGAGGAACAACGCAAUGCCAAGACAGUAUUGGAAUUGCUGUCAAGGGGGAAACAUUGGGUCUUGGUUACCUUGUUGUUGUCCAAUGUCAUUGUCAACGAGACAUUGCCUAUUAUCCUCGACGGAGUUCUCGGAGGUGGUUGGCAAGCUGUCGUGAUCUCCACCGCUCUCAUUGUUAUUUUUGGCGAAGUUAUUCCGCAAUCUAUUUGUGUUCGAUAUGGUUUGGCCAUUGGUGCCAAGACGUCAAAGAUGGUAUUGGCAUUGAUGUAUAUCAUGUACCCCAUUGCAUACCCUACGGCACUGUUGUUGGAUUACUUUUUGGGUGAAUCGCACGGAACAAUCUAUAAACGACCUGGUUUGAAAUCGCUUGUUUGCCUUCAUCAAGCGGUUGAUGCCUCCGAUGCCGAAGCAUUAACGUUGGAUGAGGUGACCAUUAUCGGAGCUGUGUUGGAACUGCGAUCGAAACCUGUAUCACAGAUCAUGACGCCUAUUGAUGAUGUUUUUACGUUAUCUACCGAAAGUAUCCUGGAUGAAGCUUUGGUAGACAAGAUUUUGACGGCUGGUUAUUCUCGCAUUCCUAUCCACACACCCAACGAUAAAAUGAAUUUCGUGGGCAUGUUGUUGACGAAACGAUUGAUCACAUACGAUCCCGAAGAUGCCUUGCCAGCCAAGAAUUUGCCCAUGAGUACACUGCCAGAAACAGGCCCCGAUACCAGUUGCCUUGAUAUUCUCAACUUUUUCCAGGAAGGUCGAAGCCAUAUGGCUUUGGUAUCGAGCGAUCCAGGAGGUGAUUCAGGUGCCUUGGGUGUCAUUACUCUUGAGGAUGUGAUUGAGGAAUUGAUUGGCGAAGAAAUUAUCGAUGAGACGGAUGUUUACGUAGAUGGUACGUAUAGAUUUUCCUUUGGAAUCAACGUGUAGCCUGGUGACCGAACCAUUGGGUUUUUAUAGUGCAUAACAAAGUACGUGUGGUGCGUCGACAAGUGCCGAACCGCAGAGAUAGCCGUCUAAGUCGGAUGUUGACCAUGCGCAAACGAUCUUCCAUGGGAGCCAAAACGAUUGCCAAGCAGAAUUCCAGUGGGGCUUUGCAUAUUGUCAAUCCCGCCGAAAAUCGUCCCGGUCAUGGCAAGGUACUCGAACCUCAUCUGAAAACUUAUGGCGCAGUGACCAUGGCCACUUCUCCGGAUGUUAUGGAACGCACAUCGCUCCUCGGCAACAACAACAACAAGUAAUCUAGAUACCAUGCUCCUCUCAUCGCACAGGUCCUAUGUCCAUGUUUCCACCUGAAAAAUUUACAAUUUCAUAUAACUUAUAUAUACGAAAAUAAAAAGAUUUCCAUUUCUCGCUUCCAGCGCUUUGUAAACAGAAAUAAAGAUGCAACUCAUAUGCUG